AUGUCUGGCCUGGAGAUCCCUGGCGAGUUCUUGCGGCAUGCAGUGCUGGAAACAGUCGUGCCGCACUCUCCAGCACUUGAUCUCGAGGGAGCUCUGACCGCCGCAUUAGAAGAUGGCGCCGAUGAUCUACCUUCAGUUCUUGCCUCAAUUCCUCAACGAUCUAUUCUCUUUUUCGACGAGACGCUUCCCGUUCGUAUUGUUCUAAGACUCUCCGAUUGCACCGAUGUUAUCCUUAAGCAUUACCUCCCCAGCUUGGAAGUCAGACUGGAUGUCUACGCCGUGGACCCGACAGAAUCAGUCGCGGAAAACCCGACACCUACAAGAGAGGUGAUUUUCUCUGGGAUUGUGAAUACAGAAGAAGAGCCGCUGGUGGUUUUCAACGAAUUCGAGGGAGAGGAUGGUGGCACUGGAAACCAUAUUUACCUGUUAUGGAACAUUGAGAGUUUUUUGAAACGCCCUCGAAAUCGAAUCCAACACCCCUCCCUUCUAUUCAUCGGUUCAGCAACCUUGAACCCUUCAGAAGGUUGCCGACCAGUAGACCCUGAAGAUGACUACCUCCCCCCUCUUGUCCCUGCAUCGACCAAUAUGCUGCAAUCAUUGGCAGGCGACAGGUCCCUUGCCCACAAAGAUCCCUUUCUUCCCGCCUCAAGACUGCUUCGUGUAGUACCCACAGCCUACAGUGAAGAUCCAAUCUAUAAUAUUCAACAACAGCAUGGCCACCCAUUUCGAGUUGUUCCUGCAGCUAGCGCUAGGAUUAGGUAUUCACGGCUCAGCUCUUAUACUGGCAUUCCUACGACUGUCGCCAGCCUCGAUUUCGAGGUAACGCCAUAUUUGAACUGCGAGGUUUCUUUCGACAAAGCAGCACUGAGCAUAUCCGAGGGAACCCUCGAAUCUAUGUCUAAUACCCCUGGUCUCAGUCUGCCUUUAAAAUGCCGCCCUAGGGACGAUGUCACUCUGGUUUACAAGCUUACUCCGGAGUAUGGCCCGGAGACCAAUCCAUCUUCCACUGCUAUGAUGAGUGUGUUAGACAUCUCCCUGAGCGCAGUGAUUCUUCUGUCCGAUGACUGCCAACCACGUAUUUCUAUGGAAUGGAAGACCAAUGUGGACUUUUCCAUGGCUUUAAACCCCACAUUUGGCGGACCCAGUACUGCACUCCAGAGAACCAAUCGGCCCACGAGCCUCUCUGUCUCGGGGCAAUCACCCGCAGCUACCGCUACUCGUAGCUCUUUACGGGAGCGCGCUUAUUCUGUUACCGACGUGGGUGUCACCAUCUCCUUUUCAGGACCAGUCAACGUGCAAGUUGGUGCCCCGUUUUCAUGGGGGGUCUUCAUCGUGAACCGAUCUAAUAUGCCACGUAAAUUUGCGCUGAUUGUGAUUCCGCGCCGUAAACGGCUUGACCCUCGAGGGCAUGUUGCGCGACCCUCCUCAGCCUCUAUUUCUAGUCGGAAAGAAGAUCAAGUGGCGGAAGCUGUCACCGACGACAAUAUUGUACAUGCCAUGCAGAAGAGUUCGGUGGGCCAAGAAGCGGAGUUGAUCAGUUUGAGUACUGAUUUCCGAGUUGGGCCACUGUUACCUGGAACUUGCCAUUCCACUGAAAUCAAGUUGCUUCCUCUUGCAACAGGUCCACUCCGCUUGGAGGCUGUGCGACUUGUGGAUGCGAAUACGAAUGAAACGACCGAUAUUCGAGAUCUCCCUGACAUUCUUGCUGGAGAUCAACCUCGAUCCUAG